AAAAAAAACUAUCUCUAUACAACAACAGUUCAUCUCCUUCCUCUCCCCUGCUCCUCCCUCUUCCUCUCGCUGUCACCUCCGCCGGUGCUUUCAUUUUUUCAUCUCAACACUCCAUCUUCCUCUGUCCGCCGUUCCUCUUCCUCUCCCAAAGUUCUCAUAAUCCUCAUUCUUAUAUUAUCCAAGUUGUUGCUUCUUUCCUGUCAAACGGCGGUGAGACAGUGUGAUGGACUGGUGUCUGGUGGUGACGGCGACGAGAGAUUGUGGUGGGUGGAGAUCGGCGAACAGUGUUCCAGUCGUGUUUCUAUGAUUUAUUGUUUUAUUAUGUAUGGUUUUAUUCUUUUAAUCUCAACCAUUGAAUUUUCUUAGGACACGUGUCACAAACCAUUGAAUCUCAACCAUUGAAUUUUCUUGGGGAAACUGGACAAUUUUGCUACUGGAGCGUACCUGGACUCUCCCAAAAGCCGCCAGUUCUCCACCACCACCCGCUUCGAAUCUACACCGCCACAAACUAACCAACACUUCUUCUCUAUCCACCUUUUCUCGCACUCAUUCUCUUCCUUCCUCUGCACUCGUGUCUCUGAUCCAUAACACUUUCUCUCUUGUUUAUCAUUUCAUUUUUCAAAUCUCUCCAUUCACGUCAUUCUCUUAUGGAUCUUUCUUCGCAUCUCUUUAUCAGCUACUGAAUCUGCAACAACUCUUUCACACCAAAAAAUCGCUGGUUGCCGGUUGGACAUUCUUCCUGUAAAAAAAAAUGAACGUCUCUUCGCGUUUGUUGUCUUCUGAGCUAACAUGUCCUAGAAGUGAAGCCAUGCAGUACAAAAAUGUGAAUUUUCUUUUGUCUAAACCCUCGGUAACGGUUUCUUGUUUCAUUAAUAAAGAUGUGUGUAAUCGCAAUGGAAGAAACAUGAGGGUAUCUUGCAAAUUGGCGCAUGACCAUUUAGAAGAAUCAUAUAAAAGAAAGAAAAGGUUACAAGUGCCUCUACAGAAGCCGGAUUUUGUUAGGACUUUGUUGAUUGAUAACUAUGACAGUUACACAUACAAUAUAUACCAGGAGCUAUCUAUUAUUAAUGGGGUCCCUCCUGUGGUGAUUCAAAAUGAUGAUUGGACGUGGGAUGAACUUUGCUAUUACUUGUACGAAGAAAAGGCAUUUGAUAACAUUGUAAUAUCCCCUGGACCUGGUUCUCCAGCAUGCCCAGAAGAUAUAGGCAUUUGUCUUCAAAUAUUGCUUGAAUGCAGGGAUAUUCCUGUUUUGGGUGUUUGCCUAGGACACCAGGCAUUGGGUUAUGUGCACGGAGCUCAAAUUGUCCAUGCAUCUGAGCCAGUUCAUGGGCGUCUGAGUGAAGUUGAGCACAAUGGAUGCCAGCUUUUUCAUGGCAUACCUUCUGGUAGAAAUUCUGGUUUCAAGGUGGUUCGAUAUCAUUCACUGGUGAUAGAUUCUGAAUCACUUCCUGAGGUGCUCAUUCCAAUAGCAUGGACUUCCACUAGCACACUUCCGUUUGUUGAACCCAAGGUUUCUGACAAGUACAAUGGUCAUGAAGUUCAGACUGAUCAAAGCAUUUUCGUUGAUUCAUUUUUACCUGAAGCAGGAAAUGGAAGUUCAAAACUUAUUGAUUAUGGACAAACUAGAAAUGCAAGGGUUCUUAUGGGAGUCAAGCAUUCUACUAGGCCACACUAUGGUGUGCAGUUUCAUCCAGAGAGUAUUGCAACCUGCCAUGGAAGUCAAAUAUUCAAGAAUUUUAGAGAGAUUACAGAUGAUUAUUGGCUGAGAUUUAGGUCAUCAUACAACAAGGAAAAGCGUGUUAAUUUUGAUGCAUACGCGCAGGUUUCAAGUGCUAGUAGACUCUACAGAGACUUUUGCAAAAGUAACAAUUCUGAGAAUAAUACAGUGAAUCUUCCAAGAAAAGUAAAUCACGGAGAUGAAAAUGUAGUACAUAAUAAUACCGAGGUGAACUACAAAUGUUUGAAGUUGAAAUGGAGGAAAUUUAAUCAUUUGGCUGGUCAAGUUGGUGGAGCAAAAAGUAUAUUCUGUCAAUUGUUUGGACAUGAAGCUGAAAACACCUUUUGGUUGGAUAGUUCCUCAACAGAGAUGGGAAGAGCGCGCUUUUCGUUCAUGGGAGGAAAAGGUGGAUCACUUUGGAAGCAGUUAACAUUCAGAUUGUCUGAUCAGAGUGACGGGUGUUCAAAAGGUGGUGGCUAUUUAUCACUGGAAGUUUCUGAUGGUUCUGCCGAAACAAUAUUCUUGGAAGGAGGUUUUCUUGAUUAUUUGAACAAGGAGCUUCAAUCAUAUCAUUACGAUAAGGAUGAAUAUGAAGGUCUACCGUUUGAUUUUCACGGUGGAUAUGUUGGUUACAUCGGGUAUGACCUCAAAGUUGAAUGUGCUGUCACAAGUAACCAUCACAAAUCUAAAACUCCAGAUGCAUGUUUUUUCUUUGCUGAUAAUCUUGUAGCUAUUGAUCACAAAAAUGACCAUGUUUAUUUAUUGGCUAUACACGAAGAAAAUUCAAGUGUUCUACAAUGGUUGGAUGAUACUGAGGAGAAGCUUCUGAGCUUAACUGGCUCUGUGAGGAUGGAUUUAGAAAGACAGUAUUCUCAUCCUUCAACUUUUUCGUCGCAUAAGGUUGGUUUUGCAGCUGAAAAAUCUAGAGAGCAAUAUAUUGGAGAUGUUAAGAAGUGUUUAAACUACAUUAAAGACGGAGAGAGCUACGAAUUGUGCCUUACAACCCAGAUAAGGAAACCAAUCGAGGUCUUAAAUUCUCUUGGACUUUACCUGCAUUUGCGAGAAAGGAAUCCAGCACCUUAUGCUGCUUGGCUUAAUUUUCCAAAGGAAGAUCUGUGUAUUUGUUGUUCUUCCCCUGAGAGGUUCCUACAGUUGGACAGGAAUGAUAUGCUAGAAGCUAAGCCCAUUAAGGGUACUAUAACUCGUGGUGCUACUGAAGAGGAAGACGAGCAACUCAAAUUGAAAUUACAGCUCAGUGAAAAGGAUCAGGCUGAAAACCUGAUGAUUGUUGACCUCCUAAGAAAUGACCUCGGUCGUGUAUGUGAUCCUGGAUCUGUUCAUGUGCCGCAUCUCAUGGAUAUACAAUCAUAUGCAACUGUUCACACAAUGGUGAGUACGAUUCGUGGGAAAAAGCGGUCAGAUAUAAGUGCAGUAGACUGUGUCAAAGCUGCAUUUCCUGGUGGUUCAAUGACAGGUGCACCAAAGUUGAGAUCAAUGGAACUUCUUGAUUCUCUUGAAAGUUGUUCUCGAGGAAUCUACUCAGGCUGUAUUGGAUUUUUCUCAUAUAAUCAGACAUUUGAUCUAAAUAUUGUCAUAAGAACAGUUAUUAUACAUGAGGGUGAAGCUUCCAUAGGAGCUGGAGGGGCAAUUGUUGCCCUGUCAAACCCGGAAGACGAAUAUGAAGAGAUGAUCUUGAAAACAAAAGCACCAGCAAGCACUGUGAUAGAUUUUGAAUAGAGAUAAAUAAAUCAAGCAAUUUUUUCCCCCUUUUGACCCACUGUCAGACACCAAUGAUUUGAUGCAUUUUUUGUCCUACUAAUCAUUUUAUAUUUUCACAUACAGAAUUACAACGGGUCCUUUCUUCCUGGAUCCAUUAUGACCAAAGCUUUAUAGUAGCAGUUGCCCUUUACAGAAGGAAAUUAAAACAUUCAAAAGAAUAUUGUGGUACAGUGAGGAUCAAUUGUUUUGGGGUUAGGUUUCCUUUUCUAACAGGAAGAUUUUUUUUUUAAUUUCAUAGUAUUUGCUUACAAGGUUGAUUUGAUAUGUAAUAAUUUCAUAGUAUUUGCUUACAAGGUUGAUUUGAUAUGUAAUAUAUGAUAACAUUCAUGCAUAAACUUGGCUGUAAUUUUGGCUUGCUGGAUUUUGUUUCUGGUUUUUCUAUACUGUAAUUUGUUUUGAAAGAAUUCCCAAUAAUUUCAUUAUAGUUUGUAUUUCUUCA